AUGCCAUUGGAUUACGCGCUUCAAAACGAACAGCUUGCCGCAGCAAAGUACUUAAUUGAGGUGCUAGGAGAGAAAAAUAAGGAAGGAUUGACACCGCAACACUAUGCAGCGCGCAGUGGUCACCUAAAAAUUGCUUGCCAUUUCUUGGAAGAAUGUACGGAUUUAAACGUAAGAGACAGAGACGGGAGAGUUCCACUUCAUCAUGCAACAAUCUUGGGCCACACCGAUAUUGUCCGCUACUUGACAGAAAAGGGAGCGAAAUUAAAUGAAAAAGACAAGGAUUAUAUGACACCACUGCACUAUGCAGCACGCGAUGGACAGUUCGACGUCGCUUGCUGUCUUUUAGAAAAAAAAGCGGAUUUGGAUUUGAAGGACAAAUAUGGGUGGACACCGCUACAUUAUGCAACGCAGAAUGGACAUACCGAUAUUGUGGAGCGGUUGGUAGAAAAUGGUGCAAAUAUUAACUUGAGGGACAAUAAUGGAUGUACACCACUGGAACUCGCGUCAGAAAACAAACAGUUUGAGGUACUGAAAUAUCUAAUUGAGAAAGCAGUGGAAUUUGAUAAGGAUGAAGGGAGAACUCCUCUGCAUCUCGCCGCGCACUUUGGCCAUCAAGAUGUUCUAAAACAUUUCAUCGAAAAAAAAGUGGAUAUCAAUGCGAAGAAUAAAAGUGGAAGAACGCCGUUACAUUUCGCAGCACAUUUUGGACAUCUGAAUCUUGUUCGCAUUAUGGCGGAAAAGGGUGCAGAGUUGGAUGCGAAGGAGAAGGAGGGGUGGACACCGUUGCACUAUGCAGUGCGUAAUGGUCAAACCGAUAUUGUUCAGUGGUUGGUAGAAAACGGAGCAAGUAUUAAGAGAACGCCGCUACAUUACGCAGCGUACUUUGGUCAUUCGGAAGUCAUCGCUUAUUUCAAAGCAAAAGGAUUGGACAUCAAUGCGAAAGACAAAGACAGACUAGCACCAAUACAUUACGCAGUAAAUAAUGGUCGCCUGGAUGUCGUUUGCUGUUUAUUACAAAACGGGGCAGAUAUUAAUAUAGAAGACGCAAAAAACAAACGACUUUUGGAGUAUGCGUCUGAAAGGAAACAGCUUGAGAUACUGAGGUUUCUAAUUGAACAACGAGUGGAAUUUUACGGGACGAAUAAGCGAAAUAGGACACCGCUACAUUACGCAGCGCAGUUUGGUUAUUCGGAACUUAUUGUUUAUUUCAAAAAGAGGGGAUUGGACGUUAAUUCGGCACCACUGCAUUACGCAGUGCAUCAUGGCCAUUUGGAUGUUAUUCGUUGCUUGGUGGAACACGGAGCGCACAUUAGCGCGAAAGACAAUAAAGGGAUGACACCACUGCAUUGGGCGGUGAAGGAAGGUUAUUUAAAUGUUGUUCACUAUCUGAUAGAGCUUGGAGCAGAUAUCGAAGCGAGGGACGUUAAGGGGAGGACACCACUGUUCUAUUCAGUGCUUAAAGGCUUUCUCAAUAUUGUUCGCUGUCUGGUUGAAAAAGAAGCGGAAGUAAAUGCGAAAGACAUUGACCGAGUGACACCGUUACACUGCGCGGCACGCUUUGGUCAAAUGGACAUUCUUCGAUAUCUCCUGGAAAAAAAAGCUUGUUCAAAUUCAGAGGACAAGCAUGGAGUAGGAUUCUUUCUUCGGUGUUAUUUUAGGCUUGAUAAGAAGACACCGCUUCACUACUCAGCGAGCAAUGGUCGCUUUGACGUUGUCUGUUAUUUGGAAGAGAAAGGAGCAGAUCUACUUGUGAAAGAUUAUCAUGGAGUCACACCAUUGCAUUACGCAGCAUAUCGUGGGCAUUUUGAUGUUGUUCGCUGUUUAGUGGAAAAAGGAGCUGAUAUUAACGCACGAAGUAAACGGCAGUACACACCGCUGGAUUUCGCCAACUGCAGAAACCACGUUGAUAUUGCGAAGUAUUUGGAAGGCAAGUUGGCUGCAAAAAUCCGAAGUGACGUAAAAUUAGUCGAUGAAGCAGGGCAACUGAAUCAAAAGCAGCUUUCAAACCUCAUGACAAGUGAAAUUUCUGCUAUGAAAAUUUUAUCUGAAGAAGUCAAAUUAUGGAAGAAGAUUGCUGAAGGAAAGGAGGGUCCAGUGUACAGAGGGACGUUUCAAACAAAAUCGGUUGCAGUGAAGGUGUUGCAAAAAAAAAGGAAGGAGAUUUUACCUGCCUUAGACCAGUUAGAACAUCGAGAUGUGAUUAAAUAUUUUGUUUUUCUGGACGAUAAACGAAACGCAAAAAUUUCUGAUUUUGGAAUACGUCAGUUAUGGGAGGAACAUAAAGACGCACUCUGCAUUCCUCUUGGAACAAUCGUUUAUAUGGCUCCCGAAACUGUAUGUAGUCUGCACGUCUCAAAAGAGUCAUAUUGGGAGAUGGAAACGAUAAAGGAAAGCAAAUGGGUGGAACCACUCUAUGCAGCGAAGUCGGAGGUAAAAAACGCUAUGACACAGAUGCAUGAGGAAAUUAAGUAUAAAUAG